GCGGAAGUACAAACCGUCGUAUCCACACACCGGAGGCCUCGGCAUGGCGCGCAGCGGGGAAACCGGAGGCGAAAGCGAGGACCGGCGGGGCGCAAAGCGGAAAGCUGCGGCCGAGGCCCCUCGGGAUGACCCCGGGGAUGGGGAGACGAGAAGUGCAGCCCCGGAGGCGCCCCAGCCGCGGCCUGUGGCCUUCCCGCCGGGCUUCAGCAUCUCGGAGAUCAAGAACAAGCAGCGGCGCCACUUCAUGUUUGUACGCUGGAAGCAGCAGCAACGAAAGGAAAAAUUGGCGGCUAAGAAAAAGCUUAAAAAAGAAAGAGAGGCACUUGGAGAUAAGGCACCACCAAAACCAGUGCCCAAGACCAUCGAAAACCAGAGAGUUUAUGAUGAGACGAUAGUUGACCCCAAUGAUGAAGAGGUUGCUUAUGAUGAAGCUACAGAUGAAUUUGCUUCUCAUUUCAACAGACAGACUUGUCCCAAGAUUCUUAUUACCACAUCAGACAGACCUCGUGGGAGAACAGUAAGGUUCUGUGAACAGUUGUCCACUGUUAUACCAAAUUCACAUGUUUAUUACCGAAGAGGACUAGCUCUAAAAAGAAUUAUACCUCAGUGUAUUUCUCGAGAUUUCACAGAUCUGAUUGUUAUUAAUGAAGAUCGUAAAAUACCAAAUGGACUCGUUUUAAGUCAUUUGCCUCAUGGUCCAACUGCUCAUUUUAGAAUGAGCAGUGUUCGCCUCCGCAAGGAGAUAAAGAGGAAAGGGAAAGAACCCACUCAGCAUUCGCCUGAAGUCAUUCUGAAUAAUUUUACAACAAGACUGGGUCAUUCCAUUGGCCGUAUGUUUGCUUCUCUCUUCCCCCAUGAUCCUCAGUUUAUUGGAAGGCAAGUUGCAACAUUUCAUAAUCAGCGGGAUUACAUCUUUUUCAGAUUUCACAGGUACCUUUUUAAGAGUGAAAAGAAAGUGGGAAUUCAAGAACUUGGACCACGGUUUACCUUAAAAUUGAGAUCUCUUCAAAAAGGAACCUUUGAUUCCAAGUAUGGAGAAUAUGAAUGGGUUCAUAAGCCCCGUGAAAUGGACACAAGUAGAAGGAAAUUUCAUUUAUGAAAUUUUGAGAAAGCAGGACUGGACAACAUCGGACUGGGAUGUUUUCAAUUUUAAGAAGACACAUUCACUUUUCAGCCAUAUACAUGUUAAUGCAGAUCCUUCCCUUGAUGAUUAUUUGAAUUUAUCAGCUCUGGGUUGUAAUAAUAAAUGAGUAUUUUGGAGUAUGUUCUUUAUUAAUAUAUUCAUCUUUUAUAACUUUCACCUUAUACUGAAAACUAGAAAUAGCAUAACUUUGUUAGUCUGUUGCCUGAUAGAAAACUGAAUAGUUGUGGAAUGGCUGAAAAGAUAACCAGACUAGAAGUCCAAAGAUCCAAGAUUCAAAUUUCUCUCUAGUCACACACCAAGUUAUCGAAAGAAUCUUGAAUCUGUUGAUCAGAUAGUUGACAGUCUUGCAGUAUUCUAUGAUGUUGGUGUAAUAAGGGCCAGAAGAGAGAAUCUAAAAAUUCAGCACAACUCUUCACCACUGCCAAAGUAACUCAAAGGACAUCCUGUAUGAAUAAAGUUUAUGUAUAUGUAUAUUGAA